CCCCCCCAGACUCAACGGGACUCAACGCGCGUCUUUUCGGUUUACUAUCGACACCCGACAUCUCCCUCCACUUUGCACUCCAGCGUGCUGCAGGACUACUCGCAUUGUUGGGAGAGCGACUGGGGUUUCUGUACAAUCUCCCGUGACCAAUGAGCGGGGUGCUGUCAGGGGUAACCACAUCUGUCAACCGUUCUUGGCCAAUAAAGAGCGGAGCGAGGCGGACCACAGGUGCGCGCCUCUGCGUCCCCUUGGCACAGCGCCCGGGAGAUGCUGGAGAGAGACGCCUCGCUGCCCCGUGGCGCAAAAGAGUUACUGUCAAAGACAGCCUCCUUUUAACUCCAGCCAUCACUCUGGCUCCGAUAGUUAUGGCGACCGCAACGUCCAACCACUACAGCGUCCUCAGCACCCCCAGCAGCGCGCCGCCGCCGCACUCGGAGUCCGGGAGCAUGCAGCAGGCGGCAGCGUACAGGGACGCGCACACCCUGCUCCAGAACGACUACGGCACGUUACCGGGCGGCGGACAUCCGCUCAGCCACGCGCACCAGUGGAUAACGGCGCUGUCUCACGGCGACAGCGGGGCGCCGUGGCCGUCGAGUCCCCUCGGAGAGCAGGACGUGAAGCCCGUUCUGCACGACAGUGACCGAGAGGAGCUGCAGAACUCCAGCAGUCUGCAGCCGCCGCCGCCGCCGCCGCCGCAGCAGCAGCAGCAGCAGCAACAGCGACACCCUCACCUCGCGCACCAGCAGGCGCAUCACGACGCCAGAGCAUGGCGAACCAGCACGGCCACCACGCACAUCCCCGGCAUGGCGACGUCUGAGGGCCAGAGCCUGGUGUACUCCCAGUCCGGGUUCACCCUGAUGCCGGGGGGAGAGCAAGGGGGGAUGCACCACCUCCCCCAGCGGGACGAGGACCACCACAGCCACAGCCCGCACCUCAGCGAACACGGCGGGGCGCCCGGGGCCCACCAGCAGGCUCUGUCACACCAUCACCAGCACGGGGGGCAUCAGGACCAGUCGGACGAGGACACGCCGACCUCCGACGAGUUGGAGCAGUUCGCCAAGCAGUUCAAGCAGCGGCGCAUCAAGCUGGGCUUCACGCAGGCGGACGUGGGGCUGGCUCUCGGGACGCUCUAUGGGAACGUUUUUUCUCAGACCACCAUUUGCAGGUUCGAGGCGCUCCAGCUCAGCUUCAAGAACAUGUGUAAACUCAAGCCUUUGUUGAACAAGUGGCUGGAGGAGGCGGACUCCACCUCGGGCAGCCCCACCAGCCUGGAUAAAAUCGCGGCGCAGGGGAGGAAGCGGAAAAAGCGGACCUCCAUCGAGGUGGGCGUCAAAGGGGCUCUGGAGAGCCAUUUUCUUAAAUGUCCGAAGCCGGGAGCGGCGGAGAUCAACUCCCUGGCGGACAGCCUGCAGCUGGAGAAGGAGGUGGUGCGGGUUUGGUUCUGCAACCGGCGGCAGAAGGAGAAGAGAAUGACACCCGCCGGAGGACAGCUAUCGGGAGGCGAGGACAUGUACGGGGACACCCCCCCUCACCACGGAGGACAGACCGUGCAGUGACCCCGGUCCGUGAUUCUGAGCGGAACGCGGACCCUCCUUAAUGCCUCCCCCGUUCGUUUGAUUCUCUGUGCUGGACCGCUCGGAACUGGACCUCGGCCAGUUUAAACAUUGGACCCACGGACACACACAGUGGGGAUAUACAGUGGCACCCAAGCACUGAAAUGCGCAUAGCGGAGAGCCGCACGGAGCGCGUUCGAGCCGCGGACCUGCCGAGCAUGUCGGGAUACGACUGGCGCGUGCUAACCAAAAAAAAAAAAGAGGCGACAUUGAUACAAAAUGCUUUUCUAGACCUUCAACCGAGGCGCGAGGGAGCGAUUAUGUAAGGUGUAAUCAAAGGCAGGCAGAGUGGGAUGUGGACACGAGGUGUCUGCGGGGAGGAAACAUAAAAACAAGCUCCGGGUAAAAUGAUAAGUCGCAGUCAGUGUGGGUAAAUAAACGCCAUCUUUCCAUCAUAACAAAAGCAACAGGGGUUCUUCGCAGCUUGUGGCAAGACAGGGCUGAAAUGGCAGACACCUGCUAUUAGUGAUACAAAUUAAGCCACUACCAGCCAACGGCUUACUACUACUACUACUAUUAUUAUUAUUAUUAUUAUUAUUAUUAUUAUUAUUAUUAUUAUUAUUAUUAUUAUUAUUAUUAUUAUUAUUAUUAUUAUUAUUUCAUUUCUAAUUUACUUACAUAAAAAUAUUAUAUCCAGAAUUUAACUCAUGCAGUACAAUCACUUCUAAAUAAUAAUAAUAAUGAUCAGUAAUAAUAAUAAUAAUAAUAAUAAUAAUAAUAAUCUGUUACAACGGAGACUUUAAUGCUUUUUUUCUGUGAAGACUUUUCUGUGCGCCUGUUUACAAUGUGUUGUUUGUUAUUUCUGUACUUUUCCAAAACGCUGUGACGAGAAAGAAAGAGACUGCGGGGCUGGAAACGCCAAAGCAAUCCAGCCCAUGAGCCUUUCCUUCAUGAAAAGAACUAAAACAAAACAAAAAAAAUGCCAAAAAAACAAACAAAAAAUAAUAUACUGGUACCAGCUCUGGCCGCUGUGGCGCCUACUGUACGACUCGUUCAUUCAUUCUGUGGGAUGUAUUCUCAUUCGUUUUGUAUGGCAUCGUUUAUUUGUUUGUACGUUGGUUCAGUUUUCUCUGUGAGUCUGUGCCAAAGCACAAACACAGAAAUGUGUUAUUGUGCCACUUAAAUCCUGUGACUAAUGACCUGAUCUGAGAACGGGAGGCUGUGGGGGAAGCCACGAGCAGCUGGAGAUUUUGAUUCUCUAAAAUCGACAGAAAAUAAAGAAAUUCAGAAACUCAAAACCAGCUGAAGGUUGUAGCUGAUCGCAGAGGAACAGGAGCAAGAUGUGAAUUUAACAGCGUUUCUAUGAGACGCUUUACACUGUCUAAACGUAUCAGGCCCAGUUAUGAUUGCAAAUAACAACACGCACCGCAACGCAGUUUUUUUAUUGCCAGUCAAUGAAUAAUUAAAGAACAGCAAUAUAUUGGGCAUUUCCCUUAUUUAAAGGCGUUUUCACAAUAAUUCUACGCGUUCCUGUGGUUGGACUAUUUGCCUUCAUUUAAAUGAGGCCCAAAAUGUCUAUCGUCCAAACUACGCAUUGUAAAUCUGCUCACAUGUUUUCCUUCAGCUGAAUUUGAGUUUCUGGGGUGGAAGACAACAAAAAAACAACCAAACCAAAACAAAAUAGCAUUGACCUAAAAUCUGUGAUCCAUCGAAAAACAUAAAGAAAUCAACGAUUGCACAAUUUCUACAUGCUUUUGUCAUUAAAUCCUAAUUGUUUUCUACAA